UCUCUGCAAAAAAAAACCAAAACCCACUUAUUAGACACCAAAAUCAUGGCCAAACUAGUGGUGGAAGUUCUUGACGCAAGUGAUUUGAUGCCCAAAGAUGGGCAAGGCUCAGCAAGUCCAUUUGUUGAAGUAGAAUUUGAUGAGCAAAGACAGAGGACCCAAACAAAGCCUAAAGACCUCAAUCCUUCUUGGUAUGAAAAGCUUGCUUUUGAUGUCAGCAACAGCCUCAGAGAUCUAGCAAGCAAGACCAUUGAUGUGGUUGUGUAUAAUGACCGACAAGCCGGUCAUCACAGGAACUUUCUUGGGCGCGUCAGGAUUUCUGGUGGUUCAGUGCCUUUGUGCGAGUCUGAAGCAAGUAUUCAGCGGUACCCACUCGACAAACGUGGCCUGUUCUCACACAUCAAAGGAGAUGUUGCUUUGAAGAUUUACUUGCUUGAUCAUGAUGGUGGUUCUGAUUAUAAUCAUGCCUCCUCACAACAACCACAUGAAAAAGAGACCCCACUUCAAGAAAUCAACAGUAAUAACAGGUUUGAUCAUGGAGAUCAUGACUAUGUACCAGAUGAUUAUCAUGGUCAUGAAGAGAAGAUUAAGAAGAAGAACAAAAAGGAGAAAGAAGUGAGGACCUUUCACUCAAUUGGUACUGCUGCUGCUGCUCCAGUGAAGGAAAAGGUGUCUGAGAUGAGAGCGGAUUUCGCUCAAGCGGCGACACCAGCAGUUAUGCAAAUGCAAAUGCAAGUGCCAGUCCCAAAGCCGAAUCCAGAAUUCAUGCUGGUGGAAACCUUUCCACCUUUGGCGGCUCGAUUGAGGUACAGAGGAGGUGACAAGAUAACAAGUACUUAUGACUUGGUGGAGCAGAUGCAUUACUUGUAUGUAAGUGUUGUGAAGGCAAGAGAUCUACCUGUUAUGGAUGUUUCAGGGAGUCUUGAUCCUUAUGUGGAAGUGAAAAUUGGGAAUUACAAGGGGAGGACUAAACACUUUGAGAAGAACCAGAAUCCGGUUUGGCACCAAGUCUUUGCUUUCCCCAAGGAGAGAUUGCAGGCCAAUUUGGUGGAGGUAAUAGUGAAAGAUAAGGAUUUUGGGUUGGAUGAUUUUGUGGGGAGAGUUCUUUUCGAUGUACCGGAGGUACCGGUUCGGGUGCCACCGGAUAGUCCUCUGGCUCCACAGUGGUAUAGAUUGGAGGAUAAAAAUGGUGUCAAGCUUAAACAAGGGGGGGAGGUUAUGCUUGCAGUUUGGAUGGGAACACAAGCUGAUGAGUCAUUUCCAGAUGCAUGGCAUUCUGAUGCUCAUGAUAUCAGUCAGUCCAACUUGGCUAAUACAAGAUCAAAGGUAUACUUCUCUCCUAAAUUGUAUUACCUUCGUGCACAAGUAAUCGAAGCACAAGAUCUUGUAUCUUCUGAGAAAGGCAGAGCUCCAGACACAUAUGUGAAGAUAAUACUCGCAAAUCAAGGAAGAACAACCAGGCCUGUCCGUGGCGUCAACCCCGUCUGGAAUGAUGAGCUCAUGUUUGUUGCAUCAGAGCCUCUUGAGGAUUUCAUAAUUAUUUCAGUUGAUGACAGAGUUGGACCUGGCAAGGAUGAGACUUUAGGAAGAGUGAUUGUAUCAGUUAGAGAUGUGCCUCAGAGACUUGAUACCAACAAACUCCCUGAUCCUCGCUGGUUGAACCUCUACAAGCCUUCACUUGCACAACAGGAAGGUAUUGAGAAGAAGAAAGAAAAGUUUUCCAGCAAAGUCCUGAUUCGGUUUGUACUCGAAGCUGGUUACCAUGUUCUUGAUGAGUCUACACAUUUCAGCAGUGACCUUCAGCCUUCGUCAAAAUUUCUGAGGAAGGGACCUGUUGGAAUUCUUGAACUUGGCAUUCUGAGUGCCAAAAAUUUGCAGCCAAUGAAGAGCAAGGAUGGAAGGACAACUGAUGCUUAUUGUGUGGCCAAGUACGGGAACAAAUGGGUUCGGACCAGAACGAUCCUCGACACAUUGCAUCCAAGGUGGAACGAGCAGUAUACUUGGGAAGUGUAUGAUCCCUGUACUGUAAUAACAAUUGGUGUCUUUGAUAAUCACCAUACCAAUGGAAGCAGUGACGCGAAAGAUCAGAAGAUUGGGAAGGUAAGAAUUAGGCUAUCCACUCUGGAGACUGAACGAGUAUAUACACAUUACUAUCCACUGCUGAUGCUCACUAAAUCUGGCUUGAAAAAUCAAGGGGAUCUUCACUUGGCAUUGAGGUUUACAUGUACAGCUUGGACUAAAAUCUUGGUUCAAUAUGGAAAGCCAUUGCUUCCCAAAAUGCAUUAUGUCAACCCCAUACCUUUUAGGUUCAUCGAAUCGCUACGCCACCAGGCAAUGCAGAUUGUGGCAGGAAGGCUGACGAGAGCAGAACCACCACUUAGGAGCGAGGUUGUGGAGUACAUGUUGGAUGUGGAUAUGAAUAUGUUUAGUCUCCGUAAAAGCAAAGCCAAUUUCUUCAGGAUAAUGUCUCUCUUGUCAGGGAUUACAGUUAUCUGCAGAUGGUUCAAUGACAUUUGCCUCUGGAGAAACCCAGUGACAACCAUUCUCGUGCAUGUAUUGUUCUUGAUACUUGUGUGCUACCCGGAAUUGAUUCUGCCAACAAUUUUUCUCUACCUGUUUGUGAUAGGGAUAUGGAACUAUAGGUUCAGGCCAAGGCAUCCACCCCACAUGGAUGCUCGGAUUUCCCAGGCAGAUCGCACGCAUCCAGAUGAACUUGACGAGGAAUUUGAUACAUUCCCAACAUCCAGACAAACAGAUCUUGUGAGGAUGAGAUAUGACAGACUACGAAGUGUGGCAGGUCGAGUGCAAACCGUCGCUGGAGACUUGGCAUCGCAAGGCGAAAGGGCUCAAGCAUUAUUGAGCUGGAGGGAUCCAAGAGCCACAUCUAUCUUCAUCAUCCUCUCAUUGAUCGGGGCAGUGUUUUUAUAUGUCACUCCUUUUCAGGUAGUGGCAGUGCUGAUUGGACUAUACUUGCUUCGUCAUCCCCGGUUCAGGAGCAAGACGCCUUCUGUUCCUGUCAAUUUCUUCAAGAGAUUACCAUCCAGGGCAGAUAUGCUACUGUAAAGGAAACUCUCAAAUAAUAAAGCAUUGAUUACUCACUUGAGUAUCCCAGCCAACUGGAGAGGGAUGAAAUCAAGGAUGCUCUCUACAACUACAGAAUCUCAUUUCAUUCAAAUCCAAAUUCACCAUUCUUUUGGAGCUCUCUACAACUGUGGAAUCUCAGUACUAGUAAUUGUAUUGUAGUAUACUACUUUUGUUUACUUUAGCAGUAAAUAAUGCCAGGAAGGCAAACGAUCAUCCAACGCAAUUGCUAGCAGCAUAAAGUAUUGUAAUAACAAAAAUAGUUCCAAUCUUUGUAAUAACAAAAAAUAGUAGGAGUUUUUUUGAGAACAAAGUUCUGUCGAUUGCAAUAACAGCAAGCAUCACUUGAUAACUUCUUAGAAGCA